AUGGCACACAGCAGCAGCGGCGGCGACUUCACCAUACACAACCUGGACUCCUCGACGGCGUCCAAGGACGGCGCCAUACGGGCGAUUCUGGCAUUGUCGAACCACAUCUUCGACACGUCCUCGGGCCCGCCGACUCAUCAUUCAUCCUUGGACGAAUGGUACAGACGACUCUCCCGUCCGGACUCGAUCGUAGUAUACGCCACACCACCACCGUCUGGUUCUCGCGAUCCGGAACGCGAAGGCGCACCGAACCCGGGCGACGAGGCACUGGGGUUCAUCUUCGCCCACGCGAAAGUAGAUCCUCAAUUGCCCACGCGGACACUGCACGUCUGGCUUGCCGGGACCACGGCGAGGGCUCGCGGGAAGGGCGUCUUCGCCGCGCUCAUGAAGACGCUCGAGCAGCAUGCGCGGACCAGAGGGAUCGGAACGCUCAGUGUCUGUACGUUCCCGGACACGUUCUCGAACAUGUUUGCCAUUUUGCAAAAGACCGGCUGGACGGUGCAGGCCUGGCUUGAAGACGGGAAGAAAGUGCUGAUGAGCAAGCCAGUGUGA